AUGUCCAAGGUCCUGGAGCAGUCGCAGGAUGAACCGCCUACGAUUCCAACUCCAUUUAUCGACGGGUCGCUAAUACUCUUCGAAUGGCCAUUUCAUUUUGCUGGAGCUGCAGGUCUAAGCAUCCUUGUAAAUGAUGUUCUUAGGUUUCAGCAGUUUUUCGAUGACGAGCGGGCCAUACGCUUCGUGUGGAAUCGAACCUCACAUACUCCUACUCUGUCCUUCUACUUUCGGGUUGGUCGGAUCAUGGAGGAUCCAUAUAGAGGAUCGACACUGAGUGGUUUCACGUCCAAGGCUGGUGUCUGGCGGCAGGAUGGAACAUGCAUGGUCGAGCUCAUAAAGGUCGAACCAAAGUCGAAGCUCGGCAGUCUCAUCCCCUUCAGAAAUUGA